UUUUCUUAAAGAUGUGCUGUGUGCCUCCCGGCUACUGCUGGACCGCUGCAUGCUUCGCAACAAUGUAUCGGGUCGCUGCCUGGAGGAUGGGGGCCACUGCACCACCCCAGCCUCCAACUCAGCCUAACACACCCAAUUCCGGUAAGUGAUACUAUACUGUACAUACGUUAUUUCUACUUUAUAUCAGCUGUGUAUUUUUACGUGUUAUUUGGUAUGAUUUGGCAGCUUCAUAGCUUAAAGGUUACUGGAGAGCGCUUGCGCCGUGUUUUUGCUGAUGGCGCUUGCGUGAGAUUUUCACUACGGAGAACAGUUCAGGCAAUGAAUGUGGAGAAGUAUUUCUACUUUAUAUAAGCUGUGUAUUUAUCAUAUCAUUCCUGCUUUUACUAUAUGUUACUGUUAUUUUAGGUUUCAUGUGUUAUUUGGCACAAGUUGCUAGGUUAUUUUUCGGUCUGCGAAUGCGCACAAAAUUUUCCCAUAUAAAUAAAUGGUAAUUGCUUCUUCGCUUUACGACAUUCCAGCUUACGAACCGUUUCAUAGGAAUGCUGUACCUUCGGAUGGCGGGGGAAACCUGUACUAUUGUCAUUUUGCAGGGAAAGACGUUCAUGUUAAUUAUAUUUUAUCAACACCGUUACAAUACUGUGGAGAUCAGCUGGAAUAUUGAAGACGCAAUGAAUUAUGUGGGGACAAAUGAUCCAUGUACUAGUCAAAUGCCUGCAACAGAAGGCAUACAUGAUGGCACUCUACAGAGCAGCACAAUUACUGUAACGUAUUCAAAAUCAGAGACCCCUUUACCUGUAACAGGGAACAAGGGAAGGACCCUCACCCCUGCAGAGAUGGAAAUGCUCAUGAAGGACCAGAGCUUGGUAUCAGACUUUAAACAACAAAAGCUGGAAAGAGAGGCACAGAAAAACUGGGAUUUGUUUUACAAGAGGAACAGCACCAACUUUUUCAAAGAUAGACAUUGGACAACCAGGGAGUUUGAAGAACUGAAUGCAUGUAGAGAUCAAAAUCACUUGUAUGAGUCUGAGAGAUGUAAGGUCUUUCAGUGUGACCUGACAAAAGAUGAUUUACUGGAGAAUGUGCCUGCUGAUUCUGUGGAUGUUGUUAUGCUGAUUUUUGUGCUCUCUGCCAUUCAUCCUGAGAAGAUGCAGAUGGCCUUAGAAAAUAUUUAUAAAGUACUAAAACCAGGUGGAUGCAUCUUAUUCAGAGAUUAUGGACUGUAUGAUCAUGCCAUGCUUAGAUUCAAAUCUGGACACAAACUUGGCCCAAACUUUUAUGUUCGACAAGACGGAACCAGAUCCUUCUUUUUUUCUGAUGAGUUUGUGGCACAGCUCCUGACAUCUGUUGGCUAUGAAGUGUUGGUGAAUGAGUAUGUUUUCCGAGAAACUGUUAAUAAGAAGGAAGGUCUGUGUGUUUCAAGAGUUUUUCUUCAAUGCAAAUUUAAGAAGUCAAAGAGAGCACUGAGCAUAUGUAACACAAGUGAUUCCAUCAGCUGAUUUUGUUUUUGAUGUCUUGAUAAUUCACCCAGACAAACUUUGCAGAGAGGCGAACAAUGCCAGACCUGUUCCUGAAAUGCAAACAAUAGGAAUUCUGCAGAUGCUGGAAAUUCAAGCAACACACAUAAAAGUUGCUGGUGAAUGCAGCAGG